UGAGUCCAGACCAAGAAUAGAAAAAAUCAUUUCGUCAAAAAUGUCCCCAAAAAUUUUUUUUUUUUCCGAUCUCGAUUUUUAGUUUUUGGGUUCGUCGCUUGUAGACAACGUUCUUGGGUUUCACUCGGAGUUCGUUCGUGAAAGUUCGUGAAAGUUCGUGAAGGUAGGUUUCAGGUUUAUCUUCGGGACUACAAUUUAUUCUAAUGUGUUAUUUCGUUUAACGUUAAUAGUUCACGGGUUGUGCAGUUAAGAAAAAAAAAAUAUAUUUAACCAUAGGGGUUGUCUCUUCUAAAACCGGAAAGCGUCACAUUGCAUGACGUAAUGUUACUAUUUUUAGACAAGGCUUUCGUAGAACGUAGCCUGCUAAAUAUGUGUUUCCGCAAAUCUAUAGGCCGGCUUACAUUAAUGUAGAUGUACCGAAAAGCUAAACGGAUUACCCGGAUGUUUUAUUACUAUCUUUUUCAUCAUUUUACGAGAUUGGCCAAACUAAAUACCCUGGAUCAUCUAAAUACCCUGGAUGAUCUAAAUACCCUGGAUGAUCUAUGUAAUUUAAUGUUCCAUUACAUGACAAACCCUACAGAAGCACAUUUAUAUUGAAUUAAGUGUCAGUCGAUAAAGUUUAUUUGUCAAGGAAGUAUAUUUAGUAUAAGUGUCUGUCGAUAAAUUGGUCUGCUAACUUCUUUUUUUUUUCUUCUCAUUAUUUUUUAUUCUAUCUUCAUCAGGCCAUUAAUGUCAUUAAUUAUAUAGAAACCAUUGACGUCAUCAAAGAGGAAAACUGAUUGAUAAAACUUCAGCUAUUGACAUCGAGCUCAACAUUUUGAUAUCAGAAGACAUACAAAACUACAACCAUGAAUCAUACAUUCAACGAAACAGACACAGGUUUCUUAGAGGACCACCUCUCUUUCAUGCUUCUCUAUUUAAAACUGUUUCGAGCUGAUUUUUUAACGGAUUGCAUCAUGCUACCAUUGGGCAUAGUUAUCCAGGCAUGGCUUCUGCUCGCGAUCGUCACGUCCCCGGGCAUGCGCGGUCGCAUGCGCAACAAGAUCAUUGCCAGUUUCUGCGUCCAACAUCUUCUGGAGUGUCUGAUCUUCCUGCCGCUGAAUAUGGACCUCGAUCAUCGAGUGUUUUUCGGGGAGAUGGUCAGCUGCCAUCAGCUGCACGCGCUGUCUAAUAUUAUAUUAAUGCAAGAUUUCAUCACCAACUGGACUUUGGUCAUUUUUGUUGCGGUUUACCUCGCCCAGGUCCGCGAUUACACGCCUCAAGCACGCCUGCCUGCCCUUCCGGCUUGCCGCGCGGCAUUCACCAUCUUGAACAAACGUGUGGUGGCCACCUUCGCCCUGUUAGCCUCGCCUUGGAUGAUCGCUUUCGUUAUUUUCCCAACGAUGAUAACAUAUUCCCGCGCAAUUUUAACGCAGGAACAUCUCGGGGAUUGCUACUUCGAUUACGGAGACGGGUACUACAUUUUCAAGUCUGUGGACACAGCGGUUCCCCCUGUUUUUGGCCCUGGGGCUUCUCGUGACCGCGGUGGCGUUCAGACGGCGCCGGCUGUCUGGGGGAAUCUCUGGGACUCAGUUGCAGUCGCAGGGCGAGUUGGCGGGGCGAGGACCGGAUGUCGACACCUGGUACCCGUACGCGGCGGCGGUGUUGGUGGUGGGAGUGUGCGAAAUCGGACUCGCCCUCUCAUUUAUUAUGGUGAUUGGAGUCGAUUAUAAAAAAAGGUUUGCUAUUUCGAUUCAAGCAAAUAAUAAACUUUACCAUAUCUAUUUUUUCUACUAUAUCUGGCAUCUCUCCCAUCUCUUCUCCCUCUACCAUCUCUCCCAUCUCUCCCCUCGGUACCAUAUCUCCCAUCUUUACCAUCUCUAGCAUCUCUGCCAUCUCUCACAUCUAUACCAUAUCUACCAUCUCUAACCAUAUCUACUGAAUAAAAAUAAAAUUUCGAUGAUUAAACUUGUGUGUUGCAAUGUGAUACAAUACGGCGUUUGAAAAUCAAUUGAGGUUGAUGUUGAUGAUUUUGGUGGGGGUAGGGUUGGUACAUGAGGGUACGAAUAUUAUAUGCGAGUGUUGUUGUUGUUGAUAUUGGGGGGGGGGGGUACUCGAGUUAUAACAGACGAUCACGGUUGAUCUAUUUAUAUAAAAUAUAUACUGCUUCAUUAUUUUUAUUUUUUUUUAAAGGUCUGGUACUCGAGAGGGUUUUGGGUUGGUACAUGAGGGUACGAAUAUUAUAUGCGAGUGUUGUUGUUGUUGAUAUUGGGGGGGGGGGUACUCGAGUUAUAACAGACGAUCACGGUUGAUCUAUUUAUAUAAAAUAUAUACUGCUUCAUUAUUUUUAUUUUUUUAUAACAGUCUGGUACUCGAGAGGGUUUCUGGGAUCAUGACAGGGGCCAAGGUCACACUCAUAGCGUUCCCCUGGCUGCUCUUCCCCGACCUUAGGGAGCGUCUCAGGACCUGGAGGCCGGGGCGUCGAGAGCGGGGUCACGUUGACCUGACGCUCGUGUUCACAAAAGAACAGUCCUGAUGCGUUUGUUGCCACACGUCAUAUAACCAAACAUUUGUUUGUUGGUUUGUUUUUUUGUUUGUAUUAUUUCUGUUGCACUUUUGGAUCGCUUCACGUACGUUAUAAUAUUUCUUUCAAGGGGUUUUCUUUUAACUGUUUAAAGAGCAGCGGUUCUCAACAUGUGGGUCGCGACCACAUGGGGGGGGUCGAAAGACGCAUACACAGGGGUCGCCUAAGACCAUCGGAAAACACAUAUUUAUGAAGUAGCAACGAAAAUCAUUUUAUGGCUGGGGGCCACCACAACAUGAGGAACUGUAUUUACAGGGUCGCGGCAUUAAGGAGUUUGAGAACAACUGCCUUAGAGUAUUAUGAUUCAUGUUUCAUUAUCUGUAUGAAGGCUGAGAACAAUUGCCUUAGAGUAUUAUGAUUCAUGUUUCAUUAUCUGUAUGAAGGCUGAGAACAACUGCCUUAGAGUAUUAUGAUUCAUCUUUCAUUAUCUGUAUGAAGGCUGAGAACAACUGCCUUAGAGUAUUAUGAUUCAUGUUUCAUUAUCUGUAUGA